AUGGCGACCUCCGGAGAAGGCAGUAACCCUGGUGGCAGAGCGACUCCCUGGCCCCUGGCACAGCUGCAGGAGCUCGAGCGGCGGGUGGCCCGCCGACGCCUGUCCCAGGCCCACCACCGAGCCACCCUGGCGGGGCUGUUCAGCAACCUCAGGAAAACGGUCUACUCCCAUUCCGAUCUCAUAGCCUCCAAGUGGCAGGUUUUGAAUAAGGCGAAGAACCACAUUCAGGAGCUGGAACAAACCUUGGAUAAUCUGCUGAAGCUGAAAGAGUCCUUCAACCUGGACGAUGGGAAUGCAAACAGCUUAGAGGAGCUCAAGGCAGAAUAUGCCAGGAAGUACUCUGGAAAUCCCAGGUAUCUCAACUUUUACAAGCAGGCGAUGGACCUUCUGAUUGGGAACGGGAUUGUCUCCUCACAGGAGGUGACGCUCCCCAUCGUCUCUGCCGCCAUCUCCCACCUAUGGCAGAACCUCUCUGAGGAGAGGAAGACCAGUCUCCUGCAGGCCUGGGCACAGAGGCACUGCGGCCUCCAGGGCCUUGCCGGUGCCUGCCAGGAGCCGGCCUGUGCCGACGGCAGCCUGAAGGACAGCGGGGUUGACAGCCAAGGAGCCAGCUGCUCGCUCGUCUCCACCCCGGAGGAGAUACUCUUUGAAGAUGCCUUCGAUGUGGCCAGUUUCCUGGACAAAAGUGAGGCUCCCAGUACAUCCAGCUCUAGUUCGGUGUUCGCCGGUGGCAACCCAGAAUAUCCAGAGGAGAAGUUUCAGCUUUAUAUGCAGAUCAUCGAUUUUUUUAAAGGCCUCUGCUGUGUUAACCCUCAGUUAAAACAGGACGCAGACCUCCCCACUGACGAUGAGAUGAUAAUGCUGAGGUGCAUGGAGACCUUCGAUGAUGAAGAUCUGUGA